ACGUAGGGAAUUAGCGCAGGGAUACUGGGUGGUGGGAAUUCUCAUACUUUGUGUUUUCACAGAAAACAGGUUAUAGUGUCCUGAUUAUGAAUUUUUCUUUGUGUUCUCCCUUGAAUUUUUAAAUUGGUUAACAAAUCUGUGUGUUUUUUUUUUUUCAUUAUUAUUUAUAUUUAGAUUACCUAUUUUUAUUGUGACGAAAAACAUAAUGUUAGAAAAGAAUACGAACCUAACGUUGUCAUAGUAACUCCGCUGGCCAUUUUGCCACACUUCGACGCUUUGCACGUAACAUAGCAAUAGAUUCCCUCCAGUGGUAACCAACUUUUACUCAACUUAUAAAAUUUAUUUACAAUGCCUCAACCAGCGGAUGAAAGAGUAAUCCCUUACUUAUACGGGUUAGAUUGAGGUGAAAUCCAAGGCUUUCUGGAAAACAAUAUCGGACUGGAUGAAACGCAUUAUCUAUGGUCACAAACUUCGACACUCGAAUGGCUUUCUUCAAUCCGUUUGUAUUGUUUAGAUGACUCUGUUAUUAAGAUUAUAAACUUUAAAGAUGUGGUUUCCUGACGUUUAAUAAUGAGUGACACGCCGUUAGAGACUAUAUGUAUUACGGGUUCGAGGCCGCCGUUCAAAAAACCAGCCUGGGUAAUAGGACAAGUCGGCGACGAGACAAGUCGAUCCCGAGUACAGACGGCCCCGGGACGAACGAGAAAUGAGGACGAACGAUCGCCCCGAUACGCCAGACCAAAGUCAACUCCUUCUCGACAACUCGACGUCAGUUUGAACAAUGCAGCAGCAAGGUGUUUUAGAUUUUCACAAGUGCAUAGCGCAAAACGAAGAAAGUCCCUUGAGGGUGAGGCCCCGAUGAGUACUGUUGUCCUCUCUCCUGGGUAUGUCCUCUCAAGAUCAAAAGAGAAAAUCAAUGUUACUAUCAAGACAGAUGACUUUUUCACAGAAAACCAGUCAUCAAGACACAGAAAAAAUCUAAAGUGUGGUUUAAGUGAUGACUCUCUUGUCAACCUUCACCACCAAAACCCUUCUCCACUUUCUUCUCUUCAUGAUGAAAAUGCCUCCACCUCUAAGCUUUCUACUUUUUCUUCUGAUGUAAACAAAAGAACAAAGCCUCCUGAUGAAAAGGACAUAAAGAUUAGCCAACUGCAACAGCAAAUAAAUGAUCUGAUCAUGUUCCUUGAAGAAGAAAGACUAAACCACAAGAGCAAUAUACGGAAGACUGCAGAAAAUCACCAUCGACAUAUUGAGAAGAUUCAUGAAGAGCACCAUGAACACAUCGGUUCCAUUGAGCAGGAUCAUGAGGAUGAAAUCAAUAAGAUGAAAGAGUCCUUUGAUAGAAGGCUAGAGGAGGAAUGCUCCAGGGCAGAGGCUGAUAAAGUGCAACUGAGAACUGAAAUGGAAUUUUUACAAGGCGCAUUCGAGUCCUAUAAGGAAACUGUGGCAUCUGAGAUGGAUUACAAGUGGCAGAGAAGAGAGAAUGAACUCAAACAUGAGCAUAAAAUGUCUACGGAAGAAGCCCUUGGUCAGCAAAGAAAAGAGCUGAUCCAUGAGAAAAACAAAGAGCUGGAUGGAUUGAACAAGGAGCAUCAGCGACAGAUUGAGACCAUCGUGGAACAGCAUGGCAAAGAGAUAGAUCGCUUGAUGGAAAAGUUCGCAGAAUGUGUGCAGGACUCUGAGAACCUCAAGAAAGUACUUACAGAAAUGCAGGUUAUGACAAAGGAGAAUGCAAGUCUCAAGGAAAAGCUGAAAAGCACAUCUGAUAAGCUGCGCAAGACCACCGUGGAGCUGGAGGACAAGAAAGUCAAGCUGGCAGGCUAUGAAGAACACUUUGCAGAAAAGGUUGCUGAAGUAGAUAACAAGUAUUCUAACCGUAUUCACGGUUUGAUGUCAGACAACACAGAUCUAAGACGACACUAUGUGAAGAAGUGUGAGGAAGUCAUCCGACUGCAAUCCCACCGUGACAUUCAAGAGGGGGAAAGUUUGCGGAGCGCAAAGGACACGAUGCAAGCCGUUAUCAAAGCGCGAACAAGAAGCAACGUCAGCCUUACUGUACUGCGAGUCAGUGGUCAACAUUCGCAACCUCAGCACUCAACGUCAAGGGUAACUAAGCGACGGUCCAGCCUACCGAUCACAGAACAGGAAAUCGCUAUUGCAGUACAAGACACUUCUGCGAUCAGCACAGAAACUACACAGACUUCAGACGUUGACUUUUCUAGGCCUUCCGCAAACCAUAUGCGACCGCAUACUUCACAGCACAUAAGACACGCGACGACACCACGACACGCUGCCAGAGAAAGCUUUCUCCCGACUCCCGUCAACAUAUCUGAGCAAGGACUUCAGAGGCUAAAGAUUGACAAUGGGUAACAUCUGUCUUAGCUAUAUUAUGCCGGAGAAUGCUUGCUCCCGACUCCCGUAAACAUAUCUGAGCAAGGACUGCAGAGGCUAAAGAUUGGCAAUGGGUAAACUCAAGGGCACCCAACGACGAAAAUUUCACAACCGGCCUAAUGAGUUAAGAUACCGUUUUUAUUCGUUUGCAGCCAUUUUUUAUACAGUAUAGAGCUUUCCUAGAUAUUUUCUAUCUGUUCGGAUUUGCUAGGCGAAAUUACAGCCAUCCGAAAAACCUAGUUACUCAUCCCGAGGCAUCCGGAACUCCUAGCGAUUCUAAGAUCCUUAAGCGAAAUUUCUAGGUAAUGUCCCUUGUAUACUCGCUCCCGAAAAUACUAGGGUUCAUUUUUUUAGCAUGUCGGACGUAAAAAUCUCCCAAAACUUGUGAUGGUGGUAACAAAAGCAACUCCGAAAAAACAUAGGUGAUCCAGCUCUCUUUCCGAGAAACAUAGGUGAUCUAGAAAUACAAAUUCCGAAAAAAGUAGACAUUUCUAGGCCGACCCCGAAAUCCGGUAGGUGACCUUGCUUCCGAACAGAUAUUUGACCGAAAAUGGUCGUUGGGUGCCCUUGGUAACUAUCUGUUCUAGCUAUAUUAUACCAAAGAAUGCUUGCUCCCGACCCCCGUGAAUGACCAGAGCAAGGACUGUAGAGAUUGACAAUAUCGAACUAUCUGGCCUAGCUACUAUGCCAAAGAAUGCUUUCCAGUCCCGACUCCAAUAAAUAUAUCUGAGAAAGGAUAUUUAAUUCCAAACAUCUCAGAACUGCGUUUUUCUAUCGCAAUGCGCGUGUUUUCAAAUAUGACGUUUUUAGAAGUAUGUAAAGAAGUAAAGAUAUUUGGUUUUUAAAAGAUAGUAUAUUUGUAAGAAAAAGCUAUAUUACCAACACAUUCGUGGAUAUAAAGUUCUUUACCGAUUCCAGGAAAAUAAAGUUUGUUUCCUUUCAA